GAGACCAGCCAAGCCAGCCAGUGUUUGGAUGAAUCGGAUACUUUCGGUACUAUUAAUGUAAGAUGACGAAAACAAAAAACGGAAGAAAGAGCAAACUCCAGCUACAAAUUGGGCCCCGUGCAUGCUUCAAACCAUCACAUCGAUCACUCACUCCAUCAGCAGGAGAUCGACCAGGAGUUGGUCGACCAAUUGGUAUCCAUGGUGAACCGCGCGCACUUCGUCAUCCUCGUCCUCGCCUACCGCCUCCUGGUAUCCCUCUCAGCCGAAGCACAGCAGUCCAAAGAGUCGUAUGUCGUCUACAUGGGUGGAGGCGGCGGCCGCGACGCGGAGGCUGCGCGGGCGGCCCACCUGCAGAUGCUGUCGUCCGUGGCGCCGAUGAGCGGCGAGGAGGAGCGGGCGUCGUCCACGCUGACGCACAGCUACCACCACGCGUUCGAGGGGUUCGCCGCCGAGCUCACCGUGGAGGAGGCCGCCGCGCUGGCCGCGCACGAGCGGGUGGUUUCGGUGUUCCGGGACCGCACGCUGCAGCUGCACACGACGCGGUCGUGGGACUUCCUCGACGCGCAGUCCGGCCUCCGGCCCGACCGCCUCGCCGCCCGGGCCUCCGCCGACGUCAUCAUCGGCGUCAUCGAUUCCGGUGUCUGGCCGGAGUCGCCGAGCUUCAACGACGUCGGGAUGGGGGCCGUGCCGGCCAGGUGGCGCGGCGUGUGCAUGGAAGGCCCGGACUUCAACAAGACCAACUGCAACAAGAAGCUCAUCGGCGCGCGCUACUACGGGAACGAGCCCGGCGGGUCCAAAGCCACCGUCAAACCCCCGUCGACAACCGCGACGGACUCGCCGCGUGACACGGACGGGCACGGCACGCACUGCACGUCGACGGCGGCGGGCGCGGCGGUGUCCGGCGCGGACUACUACGGGCUGGGCCGCGCCGGCCCAGCCAGGGGCGGCGCGCCGGGGAGCCGGGUGGCGGCGUACAGGGCGUGCAUCCUGGGCGGGUGCUCCGGGUCGGCGCUGCUCAAGGCCAUCGAUGACGCCGUGAGCGACGGCGUGGACGUGAUCUCCAUGUCCGUCGGCGUCAGCUCCGCGUUCCCGGACGACUUCCUCUCCGACCCCAUCGCGAUCGGCGCCUUCCACGCGCACCGGAGGGGCGUCCUGGUCGUCUGCUCCGCCGGCAACGACGGGCCCGUCCCUUACACCGUUGUUAAUGCCGCCCCCUGGAUCGUCACCGUCGCCGCCUCCACCAUCGACCGUGCCUUCCAGUCCAGCAUCGUCCUCGGCAACGGGAACGUCGUCAAGGGCAUCGGCAUAAACUUCUCCAACCAGAGCCUGGGCGGAGAGCACUACCCUCUGGUGUUCGGGGCACAGGCGGUAGGCCGGUACACGCCGGUGGCGGAGGCAAGCAACUGUUAUCCGGGAUCGCUGGACCCGGAGAAGGUGCGUGGGAAGAUCGUGGUGUGCGUGGGCAGUACGGGCACGAUGAUGGCGUCGCGGCGGGUGAAGAAGGUGGUCGCCGAGGGGAGCGGAGCGAGCGGGCUGGUGCUCAUCGACGACGCCAAGAUGGACGAGCCGUACGACGCCGGCAGCUUCGCCUUCUCCCAGGUGGGCAGCCACGUCGGGGCGCAGAUCCUCGACUACAUCAACUCCACCAAGAACCCGACGGCCGUGAUCCUUCCGACCGAGGACGUCAACGAGUUCAAGCCGGCACCGACAGUGGCGUCCUUCUCGGCGCGUGGCCCUGGCGGGCUCACUGAAUCCAUCCUCAAGCCUGACUUGAUGGCGCCCGGGGUGAGCAUCCUUGCCGCCUGGGUGCCGCCGCCGAACCCGGCGGUCGUGCCCGCCGGCAAGAAACCGUCUGCCUUCGCCUUCCUGUCCGGCACCUCCAUGGCCUGCCCCCACGUCGCCGGCGCCGGCGCUUUCCUCAAGUCGGCCCACCCGGGCUGGACGCCGUCCAUGAUCAGAUCAGCUCUCAUGACCACAGCGACGACGAGGGACAACCUCGGGCGGCCGGUGGCGAGCAGCACGGGCGGGGCGGCGACGGGGCACGACAUGGGCGCCGGCGAAAUCAGCCCGCUGCGCGCGCUCAGCCCGGGCCUGGUGUUCGACACCACGGACAAGGACUACCUCGACUUCCUCUGCUACAUGGGCUACGACGACAAGGCCGUCCGCACCGUCUCCGGCGACGCCCGCUUCGCCUGCCCCCGCGGCGGGGCCUCGCCUGACCGCAUCGCCACGGGCUUCAACUAUCCGUCCAUCUCCGUGCCGCGGCUCCUAGCCGGGAAGCCGGUCGCCGUGUCGCGCACCGCCAUGAAUGUGGGCCCGCCGAACGCCACGUACGCGGUGGUCGUCGAGGCGCCGUCCGGCCUGUCGGUGACGGUGGCGCCCGAGCGGCUGGUGUUCUCGGACCGGUGGACCACGGCGGCGUACGUGGUGAGCUUCGCGAGCCAAGCCGGGGCCAGCAAGGGGUACGCGCACGGCGCCGUCACCUGGUCGGAUGGCGCGCACUGGGUGCGGACGCCCUUCGCGGUGAACGUCGUGUGAUUGAUUGCGUUUGCGUAUUCGUUGUUUCCUCUCGUUUUGUUUUGGGGAGAUUUUUCUUGGUAAUUUUGAGUGCGUUUGAUCGAUAUGAAACCGUUCAAUUUUUUUUAGAGCCAAA